AUGGCUCGCAAGUUCUUUGUCGGCGGCAACUUCAAGAUGAACGGCACUGUCUCUUCCAUCAAGGAGAUUGUCGAGAACCUGAACAAGGCCACUCUCGACCCCGAAGUCGAGGUCGUUGUUUCCCCUCCUGCCUUGUACCUCCAGCUUGUCCGUGACAGCCUCCGCUCCAGCGUCGAGGUCGCCGCCCAGAACGUCUUCGACAAGCCCUGCGGUGCCUUCACCGGCGAAAUAGCCGUCUCCCAGCUCAAGGACAGCAACAUCAACUGGGUAAUCCUGGGCCACUCAGAGCGUCGCACUAUUCUCAAGGAGUCUGAUGAGGCGGUCGCCUCCAAGACCAAGUACGCCACCGAGAACGGCGUCGGCGUGAUAUGGUGCUGCGGUGAGAGCCUCGAGGAGCGCGAGGCUGGCAAGACCAUUGAGGUUGUGAGCAAGCAGCUCGAGGCCCUCAAGGCUCAGAUCAACGACUGGUCCAAGAUUGUCAUUGCCUACGAGCCUAUCUGGGCUAUCGGUACCGGCAAGGUUGCUACCACUGAGCAGGCUCAGGAGGUGCACAAGGCCAUUCGCGACUGGCUCAAGAAUCACGUCAGUGACAAGGUGGCUGACGACACUCGCAUUCUUUAUGGCGGUAGUGUCAAUGAGAAGAACUGCGCCGAGCUGGGCAAGCAGCCUGACAUUGAUGGCUUCUUGGUUGGCGGUGCUUCUCUCAAACCUGCUUUCGUCGACAUCAUCAAUUGCAAGAGGCAGUGA